AUGGCUCCUGGCUUGUUGGGAAUUGCAAGCAACAUCACGACCGUUAUGGCCAACAUGGGUGUGCCGAGCCACUGCAUAAGGGAAGAGGCUUCAGCAGAAGGCCACGCGCCAGCAUUCGUGGUGGAUUCGGGACCUGGUCUCCGCCAGCGACGUGCCAAUGGGCCCGGACGCCGAAACCCCGCGCGAGCUGUCCGAAUCCGAGAUCUACCAGUUAUUCAGGAAUACGCCACAGCCGCGAAGAACGCUGUCAACCUGGCGGGCUUUGACGGGGUCGAGAUCCACGGCGCCAACGGCUACCUGGUGGAUCAGUUCACCCAGGACACUAGCAAUAAGCGCACCGACGCCUGGGGUGGCUCGAUCAAGAACCGGUCCCGGUUCGCCCUCGAAGUGACAAAGGCCGUCGUAGACGCCGUGGGCACGGACCGCGUGGGCAUCCGGCUCAGUUCAUUCAGCCCGUGCCAGGGCAUGAAGAUGGCGGACCCGGUCCCGCAGUUUAGCUACCUUGUCGAGAAGCUAAAGGAGCAUUCCCUAGGAUUCCUGCACCUGGUGGAGAGCCGGAUUAGCGGCAAUGUAGACAUCGAAGCUACCGAAAAACUCGACUUCGCCGUCAAGAUAUGGGGCCGCACGAGCCCGAUCGUGCUGGCCGGCGGUUUCAAGCCGGACUCGGCCAAGAUGGCCGUCGACCAGGAGCAUAAAGACUACGACAUCAUCAUCGCUUUUGGUCGUUACUUCAUCGCCAACCCGGACCUGCCCUUUCCGGAUCCAGAAGGGGAUUCUGCUCACCCCGUACGACCGCACGACCUUCUACACAGCUAA